GCAGGCGAGGGGAUAGCACGGAGCUUGGAUGCUCGCCCUGGCCGCCUUCCCCGGCCUUCCCUCGAUCCCCACCUGGACUCCCGCCCGCCCUCAGCCAUGGCCCCUCCACCUCUCUCCUGGCUGCUCCGCUUGGCCGUCCUCUGCCAUCUGACCAUGCUGCUGGCGGGACUGCAACGCGCUUCGGAUAAAUGCUCCAUGGAAUGCGACAAGAUGCACUCCAAGGCAAUCCCCCUGAGUCGUCUAAUCAAGUAUGAACGAAAUCAACAAUCUUGCCUCAAACGCGCCAUCAUCUUCGAGACCGUCAAACACGCAUUCUUCUGCGCUGACCCAGAGGCAGAAUGGGUUCAGGAAGCCAUUAAGUAUCUAGACCGCAAGGCUACUACUACUCCGCUUCCAAAUGGCGUCGUUGAGAAGCGAAUCGGGGACCCCAGGACCAGCCUGACUCCCAGGGGAAUUAACAGUUCUGCGGUCUCAGAGCCCAAAACUACACGGAAAAGCAGGAACCAGGAGACAGAGAAGCCCUUGGGGACUUCCCCAGAGCUGCCAACAAGAGUGCCUGGUUCCUGGAGGUCCACAUCCCCCAUGUCUCCGGAUGGACAGCCUCCAACUGGGCCUAAGACAACCACGCUUUACAACUCGGCUGCCGUCACCACGACCACAUCUCGGCAGAGUUCUACUACCUACCAGCCUGAGAGAAAGGCCCCUGAGGUCACCUCCGCCCAGGCCCCCUCCUCCCAGACCCUCACCCUCCCCACCCAGGCUCUCCCCACCCAGGCCCUCCGCCCCCAGGUCCCUUCCAUCCAGACCCUCCCCCAUGACGCCCCUUCAGCUCACAGGAAUGCAUUCGUGGGGCCCAGCAGCAUACCCCAUGUCUCUGUAGUUCCUACCUCCUUUAAAGGGGCCCCCAGUAGCAAGCCAGUGACCUCAAGCAUCUGGGCCCCCAAGCAUGAGGACCCCCAGGCACCCACCCGGAGGCAGGCAGUAGGGCUGUUGGCCUUCCUUGGCCUCCUCUUCUGCCUGGGGGUGGCCAUGUUUGCCUACCAGAGCCUGCAGGCCUGCCAUUUUGCAGGGGACAUGGUGGAAGGGCUUCGCUAUGUCCCCCGGAGCUGUGGCAGUAACUCGUAUGUCCUGGUGCCAGUGUGAGCUACCCAUGUGCCUGUUUCCAAAUGUUCGACUCAACAGCUGCCUAGGGUCCCCCAUCCUGACUCCCACCCUCACCCACGGGCCUGGCCUGAGCUGGGAUGAUCGAAGUAGUGAAGCAGGACCCUCCAGGUGGGCACACCCCUUUGACCAUCUUUGACCUACAGGAGACAGAAGAGGUGGCCUCCGCAACUCACUUCAGUCUCCCUAAGUCAGAAAACUCUUCUGCUGCUUUGGCAUGGUCAGAGGUUCCCUUUGACACAGUCCCAGCCCCAGUGAAUAAUUAUUUAUUGAAAGCCCAGCCCCUCUGGCCCAUGUCCCCAUGUGGGCACUUCAAUCAUCCCAUCUCACAAAUGAGCCUCAGGCCAGGCCUCUUCUGCCCACACCCUCCAACCUCAUCAUGUCUCCUGGUCCCGCUGCAGUUGCCAGUCACCCCGGCCACCUGCGGUGCUAUCUCCCCUGCUCCCUGUACAGACCCCAUGCCCCAGCCGGGGACCUGUCUUUCCUUGCAUGAGGCUAGUGUGGUGUGUCCUGGCACUGCUCCCAGCAAGGGUUCUGCCCUCAGUUAGGCAUCAUGGAAAGGAGAGAUGAAGUUACCCAGUGACUUUGAUUGUCCCCCCCGCCCCGCUGUGUUGUGCAAAGAGGGAACAUAGACUCUGAGCAUGAAAGUUGGGGCUCUAGUCCCAGGUCCACUACCAACUUGACAAGGCAUUCAUAUCUCUGGUUUCCCAUCUGUGAAAGAAAAGAGGGACAGCAAAUACGUGGCAAUAACCUACACCCCUGAUAGGCAUCACCAGUUGGUCCAGAGACCCCUUUCCCCAGGCCCUGGGUGCAGCCGCACAACUUUUAUCAGCAAGGUGUCUUAGCGAGAGUCUACUAAUGGAUGACACUGGCCCAUCUGUGGGCCCUGUGACCUGGAGGGCCUGCAAGGAGAGAUCUGAUAGCGCAGUCCCGCCCUGUUGGAGGAAGUCAGCACCAUGGGCCCCUGUAGUGGGGGCAGGGCUGGGGUACUUUAGGGGCAAAGACUAAUUCUGAAGGCCCCACCCCACCCUCACCACUUUGAGAACAGCCCCUCCCUGUGUCCACCAGGCUUACAGACACACUGAGACAGCCAGGUGUCAUGUGACAAGCUGAAGGAGGAGGGGUGGCCUGCAGGCUCCCGGGAAGGCCAAGGCACUCCACAAAAGAGGCCAGGGAGAAGCUGUAGGAAGCAGUCACACUCUGCGUUGGGGAUUGGGUCCAGCGUUUGCUCUUUUUUUUCUGUGGCCUGGGUUCCCCAUCCACCCCUCUGGCUCCCAGAAAACACUGUUCUCUACACUACAAGAUCUACUCCCCUCACCUUUACCCCAAAUGAGAUCACAGUCCAGCAAUGAUGUUCUUGUGUUUAUGUCUGAAAGGGACCCUGUCCCGGGGGGAGAGUCCCAUGGGACAAAGGAAAUUGUGGGCGUGAAGUCAGGGGUUCUUUUUGGCCCCUAAGAACUCAGGAAGGCCUGGGUGGGGCUGAAGACUCACUGGGCUACAAUGUCCCCCAGUCAGAGCUAGAUCUGCAAGCUUCACCCCUCAGGGCUCCUGGUGGCAGCUCCCACCUUCCUCUGAUUGUACCUAAGGAUGACCCUUGCCCCCCACCUGAGAUGCUCCCAAUGGCCUGGACUUCCUCCUGGUAGAGGUGACGCGUUCCUUCAUAGUUGGAUGCUCAGAGGAAGCAAACACAGCUCUGGUCCACAGAGAGAGGACUGGGGCCUCCUGCACCCUUCUGCUUUGACACCUCCUGUUUGGGUCUGGCUUGAGUGACAGCUCAGAGAGGGGGACAGCAGGUCUGAAUGCACUUUUUUGGGCUCCUGUCACCUGGGAGUCUUCAAGUACUGGGGCACCCAUGAUGGGGCUCCUCUCCUUUGUUAAAAAGUCAGCUGGGGCAGCUGGUCCCCUCUCACGGACUUUGUUAGUUCUUCCAAGCAGGACAUGGACAAGGACAAUUUGGGGAGGACUUUAGAAGGAGUUGAUCGAUCCUUUUGCUUUCCCAACCCUAUCACCAAUGUCUGUGCCAUUUUGUAUUUUACUAAUAAAAUUGAAAAGUCUUGUGA